AUGUCUGCUCCCAAGGGUCCCUUUCACCUGGUUACUGUCAACACCGCACCGGAGCGCGCCAAGCGCCUCAUCGGCCGUGUCGCCGAGGCUCUGAGUGAUCGGUAUACCAUCAUCCAUGUCGAUAAUUGUGAAAAAAUCGACGAGGUUGAGGCCAAAGUGAAGGAGCACAACCCUGAAGUUCUGUUCAGCGCCUCUAUGUGGACUGCCGAGGAGGCCCAGAAGAUCCACGGUAUUGCUCGUUCUAUUCGACCUGAUAUCAAACUUCAUGCCAUCCCCGAAGGUUUGCAGGUCGAGCGUGGUCCCGAUGCCAUUGUUGAAUAUUUAGUUGAGAAAGUGCCCGUGCUGCUGGACAGCUAG